AUGGCGGACGAACAGAUAUCCAUAACAUCAUUUCUCCUCUGCAUAGUCCUAAGCGGCCUAGCCAUCCGGUGGCUGUUCUUCUCGCCCGCAGCCACCACCAGCACAACAGCAUCCAGGGGGACAGCGCAGUCGGCGCAGCGCGCCCGCGAGGCGGCCGUCGAGCGCGUGCAGCAGAUGUUCCCGCAUCUCGACCGGCGCACCAUCCUGUGGGACCUGCAGCGCAACGGGGGCAACAUCUCGGCCACGACGGAGCGGAUACUGGCCGGGCGGAUGGAGGCUCCCCCAAUAACCUUCCAACCGCCCCCGCCGCCCACGUCCGCCAGUCCCUCCGGGGCAUCGCAGCCCGGAGUCUCCAAGGCCCCAACAAAGCCGGCCGAGCCGGAUCUGAUCACGCGGUACAAGCUGCAGGACAAAAUCACCCCCAAACAGAGCGAAGCCGAAACCACCAAGGGCAAAGCGUGGAGCUCGAACCGCGACGAGAGGCAGGCGGCGCUGCAGCGGCGGCGCGACGACAUGAUCUUGGCAGCGCGGCGAAGGAUGGAGGCCAAGCUGGCGGCGGAGAAGGGGGGUGCGCAGGGCACGUAG